CAUUUUCAGUUGUCGCUUAUUUAGUUUGAUGUUUUAUUUGGUGCACGCCCGAGUGAUUUUGGACGUUACAGUACCCGAGGUACUUCCUGCCCAACCGUUUGUUAUAAACACUGUUUAUAAGCGUCACUUCCUGCAUCCCGGUCAAUUGUCUCCAUAACUCGUCAUUUCUCUUUAUUGUUACUCACUCGUCGUCGAUUCGGACGAUCGAGAAUGAAAAGGUAAAUAUCAUAUGUGCGUGAUACUCUCGCAUCGGAAAUAGUGACGGGUAUAAAUUAAACGCAGUUCUGACAAUAGAGAAAAUACAAUAAAAAAACAGAAGGAUUCGUAUUUUAAACCCCCCAAUGCGAAAAUACUGUCACGCCCGAUGGCACACGCUCGUUACCUUUAUUUUUCAUCGUAUCCCUCCUUUUUUUUCGACGAAUAACGCGUCGGGCUUUCUUCCACUUCCGGUUAAAAAUAGCGGAUUAAUCAGUUUUCGUAUUAUUUCAAUGAAUAAAUAAAUAGCUGUAGGAAAGAGGUAAAUAUCUCGGAAACCGGGGGAGAUAGUGAAUUUUUGUUAGAACCUUUUUUGUAGCUCUCACUUCACUCGACGAAACAGGUUUUGAGAAAAAUUUCGCUAUCUCUCUUAGAUCCCGAGAUAUUCCUCGAAAACUAGACUAGAGAACUAGUCGACACGUUACCCUUUCCUUCUUCUCACCAGAUAUCAAAAGCAUGAAAUUCUUUAUCACAAUAAUGACGUCACGAUAUUAUCGUAGAUCAUCAUUGCCUGCAAUCAACGGCUUAACCAAUAAAAUGAAAUGAUCAUUUCCUUAUUUUAAUCACUGAAAUUCGAGGAUUGGGGAUUAAAUUCGGGCUGCAAGAGUAAAAAUAGGCAACAGGGUGAUUUCGUCGUCUUAGGUACCGGAAAACAGCUGUCGAGCAGAGCGCACGUGCUCUCCGCACCUUGCACCUGACCUCAUCCCCGUUUUUUUUUUCACUCCAAAGGGGCCAAUGAGCUGGACAUACCCUAAACCCCACAGAGUCCGUUGGAAGCGAAAAUAUCUCAGACUAAACAAGUUUAAAAGAACUUUCCACACUCACACGAUUCAUCCACCAUUAACUAAUUGAUUAACAAUUCAUUAACUAUUGAUUGACCAACGACUGAUAUUCACUUGACAGACAAAAACCCUAGGAUAAAUACAAAAAAAAAAUUCCAGUACUUUCCGAACCGUUUCUGAUUGUCAGUUGAGAUGGAAUCACAUGGGCAUUUAAAAAAUUCUCUUUACCCACAUAAUAUCCGGAUGAGGGGAGUCUAGGGUGUGGGUAUAUCGUGGACAGGAAGUGAGUCAGGUGCAGGAGUCGUGGGGGCCAGGUGACCACUUGACGCCUCGAUUAAUCCUAGUGUUAAAUCCUAUCCCAUGGCACCGGGAUUUAAACAUUUGGCUUUCAAUUCUAAUUAUCAUGUCCAGUUGAUCGAUGCAAUGGAGGAUGAUGAAUUUGGUUUCACGAGGCGCAAUGAUAAGGCCCUGAAUCGUGUUAAAAAAUUGGUGAAGAGUGAGGAGCAGGAGGUGGAUGAGCGGAGUGUGGGCAACCCUAGGGCCUUUCUCGUUGGGGAUGGAACAAAAGGCGUGGCUGAGGGAGGCACAACGUCACCGGAAACAGGAAGCCACCGGCUGGCCCACAGUCAGCGCAACGAGUCCUCUGGAUCCUCAGUCGCUCGAGAAACUCCGGACAUACCCAACGUCGUCGAGUAUCACCUCAAAGUUCAGUCCUCCGGUGCUAAGAGAAAUCCCAACAAACAGAAUAUUGAAAUGCGCACCGACAUCUCGACACCCCUCUCCUCUCGUGAGAAAACGGUUAUCUCGAAGUUAUCGCGUUUAUCAAUCGACAACAACGUGUUCGAGGGUUCGAACGAUCUGCCACAGGUGUUCCAGGUGAAGUACCUGGGCUCCCACGAUGCGAGAGGCCUCUGGGGUAUCAAGCACACGAGAAAACCCGUCGAUAAUAUGGUGGCAGCUGCUAAAUCCCUGCCAACUGAUACAAUUCUGCCCCUGGUGAAGCUCGUCGUCUCGAAGGAUGGAGUCGCUCUCCUUCCCCUGGGGAAAAUCAAAGGAGAGCCUGCCAUCGCCAAGACCUACACCAUCGAGACAAUUUCCUAUGGUGUACAGGAUCUCGUCUACACCAGGGUAUUCUCCAUGAUCGUGGUAAGGGAUUCUGGCAAUUUUCGCAAGAUUUCACCCUUCGAGUGUCACGCAUUUGUCUGUGAAUCCAAGCAUCACGCCAGACAGCUGACCUACGCUCUAGCCACAGCCUUCCAAAUUUACUCACAGAUGGUCAAGGCGUUGGGAAAGGCUGAGGACACAUCGGUCAAUGUGAAGAAACGAUUUGCCAUCGAUUUACGAACACCCGAUGAAAUCGAGACCGAUCUGGCGAGAGACUCAGAAGCUUAAAAAUAUUGGGAAAGCCUACUCUCAUCAGAUAUUAUGUACAUGUGAAUAUGAAAUUUUUAUUAUGACUGAUUCAGCAGUGAAGGUGUGCAAUGAGAUUUAAUUCAUGUGCUGGAAGAAAAAUUUAUUUAGUCCUCCACUACUGAAUCACCUCGAGAUUUUAUUCCCUGUAAAUAUUCUUGUAGAAAUAUUCUCCAUUUAUUCAUUCCAACUUGUAUUUUUUUUUUUUUUUCGACGAAGAAGCAGAUGUGUCUCUGAACACGAAUGGCUAGUUAUCCAAAGAUACUGAUUACAGAGAGUCAUCAAACUCUCGAACUCUUCCUUCAAUUUACUUUGCUAACUGCCGGAUUAUUAUUUUACAGAGGUACACGCUUGAAAUUAAAUAACUAUUUAAUGAAAAUGAAAUGGCCUUUCGUUUUCAACCAAUUAUCGCAGACAUAUCAAUUUAUUGUACAUACAAUCUGAUAUUUUAUUUACAUCUAUUGAUUGAUUAAUUGAAAAAUUAUUGUACAUAUCCAGAGGCAUUGGGACAUUGUGUAAGUUAUCUGCUUUUGCUUUCUUGGUGAACAGUAUUACCUGGACGAUUUAACGCGAGAUUAAUUAGAAUAUGUGAAAUUAUGUGUGAAGAAUAAAUUUAUGCCAAUUA